AGCAACUGUCCCCUUGUCUUCUCCGGCUCCGGUGGUACCUGGGUGCUAGUUUUAUUUCUUCUGUGGUGUGACUGCUGCGGCAGAGUAUGGACGAUCAAUCCAGGAUGAUGCAGACUCAUCCCGGUGUAAGCUUGGCUGGACACUCGGUGCAGGGGGGCAUGGGUUUGCCUCCACAUGUGCAAGGACACGAAGGUGCAGACGGCGACGGAAGAAAGCAAGACAUCGGGGAUAUCCUUCAUCAGAUCAUGACCAUCACUGACCAGAGUCUGGACGAAGCACAAGCAAAGAAACACGCGUUAAAUUGCCACAGAAUGAAGCCGGCCUUGUUUAGCGUCCUGUGCGAAAUAAAGGAGAAAACAGGUCUCAGUAUCCGGGGUGCACAGGAGGAGGAACCACCGGAUCCCCAGUUGAUGAGACUUGACAACAUGUUGCUGGCAGAGGGGGUUUCUGGACCAGAGAAAGGUGGAGGGGCAGCAGCGGCAGCAGCAGCAGCAGCAGCGUCUGGAGGAUCGGGUUCGGACAACACUGCAGAACACUCAGACUACAGAGCCAAAUUAUCCCAGAUCAGACAAAUCUACCACACAGAGCUUGAAAAAUACGAACAGGCAUGUAAUGAGUUCACUACACACGUGAUGAACCUUCUACGAGAACAGAGCCGGACACGUCCAAUUUCACCAAAGGAAAUUGAAAGGAUGGUCAGCAUCAUCCAUCGAAAGUUCAGUUCGAUUCAAAUGCAGCUAAAGCAGAGCACAUGUGAAGCAGUCAUGAUCCUGCGAUCACGAUUUCUUGAUGCCAGACGAAAACGACGCAAUUUCAGCAAACAAGCAACAGAAGUCUUGAAUGAGUACUUUUACUCGCACCUCAGCAAUCCCUAUCCUAGUGAAGAAGCCAAAGAAGAGCUGGCAAAGAAGUGCAGCAUCACAGUAUCACAGGUGUCAAACUGGUUUGGCAAUAAACGGAUCAGGUACAAGAAGAACAUCGGGAAGUUCCAAGAAGAAGCCAACUUAUAUGCUGCAAAAACUGCUGUAAAUGCUGCACACGCUGUGGCAGCUGCUGUCCAAAACAGCCAAGCAAACUCUCCCACUACACCCACCUCCGGUUCUUCUGGUUCUUUUAACCUACCAAAUUCUGGGGACAUGUUCAUGAACAUGCAGAAUCUGAAUGGGGAUUCUUACCAAGGGUCCCAAGUCGGAGCCAAUGUGCAAUCACAGGUGGAUUCCCUGCGUCAUGUUAUCAAUCAGACGGGCGGAUACAGUGAUGGUCUUGGAGGGAAUUCACUGUACAGUCCACACAGUUUGAGCGCUAAUGGAGGAUGGCAAGAUGCAACCACUCCAUCUUCUGUGACUUCACCAACAGAAGGACCUGGAAGUGUGCACUCUGAUACCUCUAACUGAUCUCCUAGCAACAUCCAUUCCCUGAGCCAAUAGGCCUUGAUUAGCACUGACCAGUAGGAGAAGAAAAGUGGAUUUUCUGUAGCCCAGUCACCUGCUGCUUUACUGUAAAACCCUGCUCUUUAGUGGAAAAAGUAAAUAAAAUACAAUUCAUAUUUAGGAAGAGGAACACAUAGGUUCUCAUUGAAAAUACCAUAUUAAUUCCAUUAUGUAUGGCACAAUCUUACCUUAAUCAGUUAAUGGUUGAGGCAAGGACCUAAAUAGGCCUAGUGCUUUCUGACUUAAAAUGGAACAAAAAGUCAUUGUAUAAUGGGAAUGCACAAAGGAUGAAAACAUGUUUUUGAAGAUUUAUAUGUGCGAGAUGUUAUUGUGAAGCUUCUUGACCUUUUGAGGUAUGAAUGCAUGUUUCAAUUUGACUGCAAGACACAAGAAUACUGGUGCCGAGGCAGACAGUCAUAAAUUAAUGAAGUUAGCAAAGCUAAACUGUUGUUACUUCUUAAAACUAUAUUUUAGCAAGAUAUCUAGAACUGAUAGCUUGCUUAGAACAACGGUGUGUUACAGGAUAUCAGAAUCUGGAUCAAAUUUCCUUUUUCGCAACUAGUAUAAAGACUCACUUGGAAGAAUCGGUUGAGCUGUUUUAUUGCCCCCUGUAUAAAUUACCAGAGAGUUGCCAAGAACUGAUAUUGUUAUUCCUGAGACUUGCUAUUACAACAGAGUGCUAUUUACAAUCAUUUCUUUUGUUAACACACUAAUUCAAUGCCAGUCUUAGUAAUGCUUUGUUUCUGAAUUCAUACUAGUUGAAGUCUGGGUUUUACAGUACUAGCUGGGUGCAGCAUUCAUAAUUUUUCAGAUUUGCUACUUCAACCUAUCUGUGGCAGGAAAUGGCAAGGUUCACACGGAGUGUUGUAAAUAAUGUAGGUAAAGAGUAUUUAUACAUCUCACCAAUCAAGACACAGCUUUAUUACCUCAUGCAAACUCAUAUGAACCAAUAGAAUUUCAACAUGUUCUGUAGCUUAGAGUGCUCACUUACUACCUCUGAACAAUAUUCACACAGUAGUUUGUCUUUCUUACUUUUUUUUUUGCAUCUUGUAAUUAACUCUUUAUUUCCUUUCAUGUAAUCUAAUGUACAUUGUAUCUUUUAAGAAAUCAGGGUUGCUCUAGCAACUUUUAAAAAAAAAAUAUCCUAAAGUGGAAGGUUUGGUUAUCAUCUUGAACACAAACAGUACAACUAUUGUAAAUACUGAGGAUCAUUUUGAAUGUUGGUCAUGUCAUUACUAAACCACGCAAAAAAAAAAUUGUAAUGCAUACAGAAUUCAGUAUUCAGUACUGUAUAUUUCACCCUGUGUAACGGGGAGCCCCUCCUUUCUCCCUUUUUUUGUAUUGUAUGCAAUUCUGAAACUGAUUUGAGUCAUGGAAAUAAUUUGUGGCAGUGAUAUAAUGUAUUAAAAAAGUUUCGUGUUACUUUCUAACUGGACUACACCCUGGAUUGAGAAGUCUUCCUUGUGGUAGUUAAAUGUAGUUGAAAUCUUAAAUAAACUUUUUGCUUUCAUGA